AUGGCUGAAUUAUCAACUGGAAAUCCUCCCUUUUAUGAUAUAAAACAUGACAUGCCUUUAGCCUUAGAUAUUUGUAAAGGACUUCGUCCCGAAUUUGGAAAAGGAACUCCUAAAUUUUAUAAAAAAUUAGCUUAUAGAAUUUUGGUAUAUCUCUAUUAUACAUUAUGA